AUGUCAACCGAGGAUUUGGGACACUGCGUCGUAUUAGAAGAGGUAGAGAGUCACGAUCCAACUGAUGAAGAGGUUGAACUCUAUGCCGCUAGCAUAGGAAUAAAUCCUAAAGAAAAUCCUGAGCUUUUGUACAUUGCCCGGGAAGGUGUAACUGCCCGUGUCCCAGAAGGUUGGACCAUUUUGCAGAAUCGUAAUGGUCAAAUCUUCUAUCAGCAGAACUCGUCAGGAAUUUGCGUUUGGCAGCAUCCUUUAGAUUCGUAUUAUCGAUCACGUGUAAAGGAGGCCUUAUCCAAGGGUGCAUCCGGUCAACCAGGUAAUUCACCGCCUCCCAAACCGAAAGCGAUACCAGCCACAGGCUCUAAGCAAGUGCUAUCAGCUAAAUCAAAAGAAGCUUCUUCUGCACCAGUCCCUGUGACACCAGUUAAAACCGAAACAAUCUACCAAGCCCUACCUGCUCCCCGCAAGUCGCCUUCUGUCGAUUUUAAAACACCCAGCCGUCCCUCGGUUCCUCGGCGAAAGGUCGGUGUUCCGCCGCAGUCCCCAACGACUCUCCCUUCCCCAGAUCAGGAUAGCAGAUCGGGUUCUGCGGCGGUCAGUUUUUCGGCCAUAAAUCUCCCCCACGUCCACUCCUCGCCGACUGGUAACGCCUCUGCGCGCAGAGUCCUUUCCGAGAGCAACGCUUCUGGCUGUGAGAAACAAAGUGUUGCCCGUCGUCAUCUUAAUCAUCAUCACCAUCACAGCAGUUGCCAUCAUUGCGCGGAGGGCGACGAGAAUGCAGACCCCACCGCCGAAGCACUCGUCAACCAAUUCGCUAGUUCUCUCCGCAUCUCGACCGGUAGGGAAAGACGGGCAUCGCGUAGGCUAUUUGACGACUCAGCGGGCCUUAAUUCCUGUUUGUAUUCACCGCCUGACAGCCCUCCGCCCAUCCCGACACAGCCGUCAGCGGCAGAAGCGGGCAGUCCGUUUGUCGAAUUUGACGGAAACGCCAGCCUAAGGUUUAUGUUGGAAGAACAGAAUCGACUUCAAGAGAAGUUGGCUUUCUUAAAACUAACCUACAAGGCAUACAAGUUGCGUCUGGCGCACUUGAAUUCGUCCAUCAAAAUGUUAUGUUCCACGGCGGCGUCAGCGGCGGCCCACCAACACCACCCAGGCGCACAAUCUCCCUCCCGUGUCCCCAAACAGAAUCUCAGGCAACACACCCACCACUUCCCCUCAUCCCAUCCGACGUUGCGUCUCUCUGCUGUGAACUGCGGCCAUUCUACCGGCACCGCCGCAACCAACAGCAGCAACGUCCAUCGUCGCUCCCAGAGACCAUCCACUACGACUUGCGGCGCUCCGCGCAACGAGUGA